CAGAGAUCUACACCCGGCGUGUUCGUUUAGAUUCUCGGAUCGCAAGCAGGCUCGAUCAGUUUAAGUUCGCUACUCGAGGUCAAAAGAAUUAUUUGCGAGAUGCUAAAAGUAGCCGGUUUAGUUUUUCUCCUUGGGCUCGGAGUGACAUACGUUUUCGAUUAUCUCGGAAGUGAUGCGGAUAUCGAAGUGCCCAAACUACAAGAUACUUAUUGGGGACCCCUCGAACCGAGAAAAGUCGAUAACAGUAUUAGACCUUUUAAAAUCGAUGUUCCCAGUGAGGUGAUAACGAAAUUGAAAAAUCGUUUGGCGGAAAAACGAAAUUUCGUUCCGCCACUCGAAGGGACCGCAUGGGAAUAUGGAAUCAGUGGCAAAUAUAUGGAAACCGUUCUCGAGUAUUGGCGAACAAAGUACGAUUGGACUAAGAGGCAAGCGUUACUCAACAAGUAUCCGCAAUUCCUGACGACUAUUCAGGGAUUGGACAUUCAUUUCCUGCACGUAAAACCGCAAGCAGCGAAGGACGGCAAAAAACGACGAGUUUUGCCGCUGCUCAUUGUCCACGGAUGGCCGGGAUCGGUUGUUGAAUUUCAAAAAAUCAUUCCGAUGCUAACAACCCCCCGAGAAGAUCAGGAUUACGUUUUUGAAGUAAUCGCACCUUCUCUUCCUGGGUACGGAUUUUCUGAUGGAGCCGUUCGUCCGGGGCUCGGUCCAGCUCAGAUGGGCGUAAUUUUGAAAAAUCUCAUGACGCGACUAGGCUUCAAGAGAUUUUACAUUCAGGGAGGCGACUGGGGUAGCAUUAUAACAUCGACGAUGGCGAGCAUGUUUCCGGACCUGGUGAUCGGCAGUCACAUGAACAUGUGUUACAUCAACAAUGCCAAAACGACGGUUUACAAGCUCGUGGCUUCUUAUUAUCCUUCUCUGAUAGUGAGUGACGAGUACGCCUCUAGAAUGUUCCCCCUCAAGGAUCAUCUGUCCUUUCUCUUGAGGGAAUCUGGUUACAUGCAUUUGCAGGCUACGAAACCUGAUACGAUUGGCAAUAGUCUCGUCGACUCACCGAGUGCUCUCGCGACUUACAUCCUCGAGAAAUUCAGCACUUGGACGAACCCUGAAUACGUCAGUCGCGAGGAUGGCGGUUUGUUGGAAAAAUUCACGAUGGACGAACUUUUGGACAAUGUAAUGAUUUAUUGGCUCACUAAUUCCAUCACUACGAGCAUGAGACUUUAUGCAGAAUGCUUCAACUGGGAAUAUCAAGCUGCGAAUUGGGACAAAUUGCUCGUCAAAGUGCCUUCGGCGUGUGCAGCCUUCCCUAACGAGCUCACUUACGCACCGGAAAAAUUAUUGAAAUUCCGUUACAAGAAUCUCGUGCAACACAGUCACCCGGCACGAGGUGGCCACUUCGCAGCUUUCGAAGAACCGAAAUUAUUGGCCGAUGACGUUUGGAGCUUUGUGGAAAAAGUCGAGAACCCCAAAGAAUUAUCAAAGUAGAGGUACGAAAUAGGAACAACUCGAACGAUGUUGAAUAGUUAAGUUUUUUUUUUAUCCGUUUUUCAAGAGAAUCUGUUGAUGAAUGACCGGAAUUAAUUUUUUUUACGAAUAAAAUGAACGAUUAUAAGAAAGUGAA